GCUGCACACACCACGGCACCACGCAUCAAUUGAUCGGCGUCGAGAUGUACCAGGCGAUCCCGUACAGCGCCGCCCGGCUGCCGGCGUGGUCGCGGCGGUCCGAGCCGGCCGAGGUCGUCGGCACGGCUGGUCAGGAGAAUAGGCGAGCAGGCGAUGGCGGGGAGGCGGUGAGGAGGGCGGUGGCGGAGAGCCCGGUGCUGGUGGUGGGGAGGCGCGGGUGCUGCCUCAGCCACGUGGUGGAGCGGCUGCUGCAGGGGCUCGGGGUGAACCCCGCCGUGCACGAGGUCGCCGACGAGGCCGAGCUCGCCGGGGCUCCCGGUGGCGAGGCCGUUUUCGCGCUGCCGGCCGUGUUCGUGGGCGGGAGGCUCCUCGGCGGGCUCGACCAGCUCAUGGCCGUGCACAUCUCCGGCGAGCUCGUGCCCAUGCUCAAGGACGCCGGCGCGCUCUGGCUGUGAGACAAAUCGGAGACGCAUAUACGGGACGGGCCUUCUGAUUGGGAGUUCGUAGUUAGCAAUCUUUUCUCCCUGUUUUCAUUUCUCCUUUUGACUCUUGGGAUCAAUCAGUAAUGGUGAUGCUAUUAGGGAUAGUUAGCUAGUCGAUGAUAAUUUUAAAUUCUUUCAAGUGAAUUUAGUUUCGACCACACACGCCUGUAAAUAGAUCGACGAGUGAAGAUAGAUGUACUGUACUGGAGUAUUUAGCACUGUAUGUAAAUGAUGUUCGUUCCAAUUGUACAGCAGCUAGCUUUGCAUGGUUCUCUGGAUGUUUUCAUGAAA